AUGGGAUGGUUGCUGUAUUUGCUGAUCCUACUACAGAUUGCGCGUGGUGCGAAGGAAUGUUUACAACAUUUUCAUACUGAUCGGUACGGUACCAAGCAAAUCACUUGUCUAUGCAAUGAAGAUUACUGUGAUAGUUUGGAUACGGUAGCACCUUUGCCAGAUGACCAGGCGUAUAUUUACAUCACCUCUAAAGCUGGAAAGCGGAUGAAUAGGACGAUAGCUAAAUUUCGUACAGGGAAUGAACGUUCGACACCUAUACUCACCGUUUACCCAACUGAACUCAAACAGCAAAUGAAAGGAUUUGGUGGCACAUUCACCGACGGUGCAAUGCUAAAUAUUGACAAUCUUCCCUCAAAAGCCAGAAAGAAUUUAUUGGAGAGCUUGUUUGGGCCAUCCGGUAUGCAGUAUUCGCUUGGGCGGGUACCCAUUGGUAGUAACGAUUUCUCGACGAGACCUUAUACAUAUGAUGAUUGGGAUGAUGAUGUACAACUGCUCAAUUUUACAUUGAUGGAUGAGGAUAUAUCGCAUAGAGGUGCCGGUGCCUUACUGCACGAGUUAAAUAGGACGGAUUAUUGGAAAAUCUAUGCAAAUUAUAUGCUAAGAUAUUUCGAAGAAUAUUCAAAACAUGGGAUUAACUUUACGAUGGUCUCCUCGCAGAACGAGCCGAACCUAUCGAAGUCACCUAAUUUCCCGUGGCAAGCUAUGUUUUUCACGCCGAAUAUGCUUGUGGAAUGGGUUCAGAAGUAUUUAGGACCGGCAUUACGAACCAACAACGCUACAAAAAACCUCGAACUUUUAUCUUUGGAAAUGAGUCGCGAACAGUUGGAGGAAUACUCGAAGGCUUUAUUGGCCGAUGAUCGUGCCAAAAACUUUAGUUCUGGAAUCGGUUUGCAUUGGUAUGCUGAUGACAAAAUCGACGCCUCGAUCCUUCGGAAAACUGUCACAGAAUGGGGUGGACGAUAUGUUAUUUAUACUGAAUCGGCUAACGGAUGGCUGACAAAUGAUGUUAUAUUGGGUUCCUGGGAUAGAGCCGAAAAUUAUGUAAAGUCUAUCAUGGAGGUGGUAAAUAAUGGAGGUGCUGGCUGGAUUGACUACAAUCUAUGCGUUGAUAUGAAUGGGGGUCCAUCUUGGAUUGGGAAUAAUAUGGAUGCUGCAAUCGUUGUCGACAAACAAAAUCGUAGCUUCCUCAAACAACCGAUGCUCUAUGCCGUUGGGCAUUUUAGUAAAUUUGUGCGGCCUGGGGCUGAUUAUAUGGCUUCACGUUUCUCCCCAAAUCAGGAUUUACCUCAAAUCCAUCAUGCCGCGUUUGUAAAUAAAGAUGGUAGUCGAGUGCUAGUUCUCUAUAAUAGUGAUUCGGAACAGGAAUGCAACAUUUCAGUAAUCGAUGAUUCACGUUCUUCCGGGCUUCUUCCGGUCACCUUACCACCAAGCUCAAUCGCUACUGUACUGUGGGGUUUCAAUACAAGACCGGCCGUUAGUGAAGCCCAGAUGAGCCCAGCCAAAGAAGAUAUUGAAGACCAGGAUGCUGCCACCCUGGAAAGGGAAGAAAUUGUGGCCACAACUACCGUAGGAAAUCUGAGCCCGAUACUCUCAUCUUAUUUCCAAUUCCCAAUAAUUCUCUCAAUCAUAAUUCGAGUGCUCAUC